AUGGAGAGGCGCUACAGCGGCGUUCCGCCGGCGGGCGUCCGGGGCUACGCCUCGGUGCUGGAGAAGGUCCAGCAGUUCGUGAUCUACCUCUACGAACAUAUCAGGGAGAAAAACAUCUCUGAGAUAAGAUCCAUGUACAGCCAUACGUUCUUUCGGCUGAGCGACAUGUACUUCAAGGACACGGCGUGGCCACCGGUGGAGGACAUAGCCGAGUUUGUGGACAAGGACCAGGUCUUCUGCCUGCUGUACCAGGAGCUGUACUACCGCCACGUGUAUGCACGUCUCUUCCCAAAGGUGCAUGACCGCAAGCAGUCGUGGCUGACAUACUGCCAACUCUUUGACAUCAUGUUGAGGGGCAAGGUGACCAUGCAGCUGCCCAACGAGUGGCUGUGGGACAUGCUGGACGAGUUCAUGUACCAGUUCCAGGCCUACCACCAGUUCAGAGGAAAGAUCUCCCAGCACACUCCAGAAGACAAGCAAGUGCUUCUUGACUUCGAAACUAGCAAGGAGAAGGUGUGGAACAUACUGGACGUGUUCAAUUUCCUUCAGGCCAUGGUGGACCAGUCACACAUCAUUCCCGAGCUGCAGCGAGAUGGCGGAGCGAAGCUUUUGGAAUCUGACGGCUUCCAGCCCAAUGGAAGCAACGUGCUGAGAGUACUUGGCUAUUUCAGCCUGAUCGGGUUGCUUAGGGUUCACUCGCUCAUUGGGGACUAUGCAGGGGCACUGAAGGCACUGGGUCCCCUCAAGGUGCACGAGCCCAGGGGUCUGUUUGCACGCAAGAUUCCCGGCGCCUUCAUCACAUUGUAUUACUAUGCAGGCUUUUCCUACCUCAUGAUGAGAAGGUACGCUGAUGCUGCCCAGUGCUUCAACAAUGCUCUGCUGUAUAUCCCUGCGGCCAAGGAAUUCCGGCAGGACCGCACCCAGCUAACACAGAUCGAGCGCAAGGAGGAGCAGAUGUACCAGCUGCUGGCCAUCACCGUGGCACUGUGCCCGUGGGUGCAGAAGCACCACGUGGAUGAGCGCGUCACCGAGAGGCUGAUGGAGCACCUACGAGAGAAGGUGCAGGCCAUGAGGCGUGGCAACAUGGCUGUCUUCGACGAGCUGUUCUCCGCGGGCUGCCCCAGGUUCAUCACCACCCAGGCGCCUGAUUACAACAAGAGUGGGGACACCAACCAGGAGGCCUAUCACAACCAGCUGAGGCUGUUCAUGGAGGAGGUGCGGCAACACCAGGGCGUGACUGACCUCCCCCAGUACCUUAAGCUGUACUCCAGCAUCUCGCUCGAAAAGCUGGCAGGAAUGGUGGACAUCACGGAGUCGGCGCUGCGGAUGCAGCUGAUGUGUAUGAAGAACAAGAACUUCGAGCGGCAGUGGGUGUCCGGCGGUGCAGACUGCCUAGCAGGCCAGUUCACAUCCACCAGCGAUGUUGACUUCUUCAUCGACGUGGACGAGGCGACUGGCAAGGAGUUCUUGAUGAUAGCGGAGAGCCAGGCGGAGCGCAGCCAUGUGCAGACGCUGGUGCGCCACAUUGCGCGCUUCCAGGACAUUACCAUGGACCUGCAGCGCAUCCCACCUGUUGCCACAACACGGCUGGGAACUUGA